GUGCUGCGUGCGGCGUGCCCUUGUCGUCUGAGCUUCUUCUCUGACUUGAGGCUGGCAACACUCGACACGCAGACCCAGGGGAAAAAAUGAACAAGAAGGAGAUACUCAAGUUGGCGAAGGGAUUCAGGGGAAGGGCAAAGAACUGUAUAAGAAUAGCAAGAGAGAGGGUUGAGAAGGCCUUGCAGUAUUCCUAUAGGGACCGCAGGAACAAGAAGCGUGACAUGCGUUCUUUAUGGAUCCAACGCAUUAAUGCUGGGACUCGUCAACAUGGGGUAAAUUAUGGUAACUUCAUGCACGGACUGAUGAAAGAGAACAUCCAACUGAACAGGAAAGUUCUUUCUGAACUAUCUAUGCAUGAGCCAUAUAGUUUUAAGGCUCUCGUAGACAUUUCUCACAGUGCCUUCCCUGGAAACAAGAAUAUUGUGCUCCCUACAAGGAAGGCAAAUGUUGCAAUCAAUGUAUAAUUGCUUAUUUGGAUGUCUUACUCAAAACUUUCUACUAAACUUUGUUAGAACAGAAUCUUUUAAGAAAGAGUUUUGUGUUCCAAUUAUUGUUUGCCGAUGCAACUAUUUAAAUGCCUAAUUCUAUUUCCUUU